AUGGCCACACCUGACAAUGAUUCUUCAGGUGCUGAGGACAACAACACAUCUCCACCUUUCAAUGAUCCCAGCCACAAUCCUUCUAGUCCCUUUCACAUUCAUCCAAGUGAAAGUCCCUCCUCUGUCAUUGUUACCCCAGCCCUCUCGGCUAACAACUUCCAAUCCAGGUCCAGGUCCAUUCGAAUAGCCUUAAUAUCCAAUAACAAAAUGGGAUUCCUAAAUGGAUCCAUUCCCAAACCAGCAUUCACCGACCCUCUUUACCCACACCGGGAACGUUGUAAUACACUCCUUAUGUCAUGGCUUCUAAACUCUCUAUCCCCUUCAAUUGCACAAAGCGUCAUUUUCUUCGAGAUUUCCAUUGACAUAUGGACUGAUCUCAGGGAACGCUUCUCUCAAGGAGAUUUGCUUCAUGUAGCUGAACUACAAGAAGAAAUCUACGCUCUAAAGCAAGGCAACAACAAUGUCAAUGAUUAUUACACAAACCUCAAAUCUUUGUGGGAGGAAUUAGACAAUUUCAGACCUCUUCUUCCUUGUUCUUGUUCUGUUAAGACAUUCCACCAACAGGAUUUCAUAAUCCGGUUCCUCAAAGGCCUUGAUGAUUGCUUCUCCAUGAACCGAGGCAUUCCACACUCAGGAAGGGCCAUAGCUAACAAAAAAUGUCACACCGUUGACGUCUGCUACGGGAAGUACGGUUAUCCCCCUGGACAUCCUAAGUACCCUGGUCGUCCUCGUCCUCCCAACAAAAACCAGUCCAACCAUGGAGGUGCUGUCAAUAGUGCUGUUGGAGAAGGAAACAAAACUACAACAUAUGGGGGAGACAACCCUAAGGAGACUGGUGCUGUUUCGGUAAACAAAAAUGGGCUUAAAAUCACUGAAGCCCAAUAUCAGCAAUUGAUAACUCUUCUCCAAGCUAAUCCUGGGCUUGGUGGUGCGAACUCUAAUGAUAUGCCUAUUCAGGCUAACCUUUCUUUUUCCAGCCCAAAUUAUUUUUCUGACACUAUAUCUGGUAUUCCUUGCAUUUUUUCUAUUUCCACCACCCUUAGUACAACUAAAUCACAUAUUCCUCCUUGGAUUAUUGAUUCUGGAGCAACAGAUCACAUUGUUUGCUCACUAGAUUAUUUUCAUACAUAUUCAAAAAUAAAACCUAUGAAUAUCAAUUUACCAAAUGGAACUUUUGUGAAGGCUCAAAUUUCUGGAAGUAUUCACUUUUCACCCUCAUUUGCUAUUCAUAAUGUCUUAUAUGUCCUUGAUUUUACAUUCAACCUUCUAUCCAUUUCCAAAUUACUUUCCACUCUUGAAUAUGUGAUAACAUUUUCUAAUGAUUCUUGCCAAAUCCAAGAAGCUAGCAUGUUGAAGACGAUUGGUUCGGCUAAGCUCAAAGAAGGACUAUAUCACUUGAUUAGGGUAUUUGUUUGGAAAUCGUCUCAAUGUGUUACACUGUGA